UUUCCACUUGGGGGACAACAAUGACAAGAGGAAAUCAGAGUCACAUCACUGAAUUCCUCCUUCUGGGACUGACCAGUGACCACAAACAGCAGGUGUGGCUCUUUGCCAGCUUUCUGGUAAUGUACCUGGUCAAUGUGGGAGGCAACUCAGUCAUCAUUGCAGCCAUCCAAGGGGAUGUCCGCCUCCACACCCCCAUGUACUUCUUCCUCUCCAACCUAUCUUUUGUGGACAUCUGCUUUACAAAUGUCAUUGUGCCAAGGAUGCUGGCAAACAUGCAGAGCAAGAGCAAGAAGGUCCCCUUCACCCAGUGCCUGACGCAGAUGUAUUUCUUUGUGGCCUGUGCAGUCACUGACAGCUUCCUCCUGGCUGCCAUGGCCUUGGACCGCUACGUGGCCAUCUGCCACCCACUACAUUACACCACCACCAUGAACCCCAGACGCUGCUUCCAGCUCGUGACAGCAUCCUGGCUGGUGUCCCACCUCCACUCCCUCACCCACACCAUCCUUAUGGCCCGCCUCUCCUUCUGUGGGCCCAACGUCAUCCACCACUUCUUCUGUGAUGUCCAGCCUCUGCUGACGCUCUCCUGCUCUGACACCUCUCUCAAUGAGCUCUUGGCCUUCACAGAGGGCUCCUUUGUGAUCAUGAGUCCCUUCAUCUUCAUUACUGUCUCUUAUGUCUAUAUCACCCGUGCUGUCCUGAGAGUCCCUUCUGGGAGAGGCAGGUACAAGGUCUUCUCCACCUGUGGGUCCCACCUCACGGUUGUGGCAUUAUACUAUGGGACUGCCAUCUCAGUGUACAUCCGCCCCUCAUCCACCUACUCAGUGACAAAGGACCGGGUGGUCACUGUCAUUUACACUGUGGUAAUCCCCAUGCUGAACCCUUUUAUCUAUAGCCUCAGGAACAGGGACAUGAAGCAAGCCUUGAGAAAGCUGACUAGGAGAAAAGAACAGAAUAAGCAUUGA